GAUUCAACAUAUUCAAUCUCUUCUCUAUCCUUUCUUUGCGUGUGUGUGUGUGUGCUGCCCGCUUGGCACAUUGCAGACAGUUUGCCCACUGCUGUCAUCUUGUUCGUCUCUUUGUCUCUUUUGCUGUUGAACAAAUCCGCUCAGUUUGCGCUUUCUCUUUUUAAAAUUAUUAUUGAUCUUCUCGAGUUUUUCUUAACCGGUUGGUUUUCAAUAUUUCUUUAUAUAUUCGUGUACUUCGGAGCAUUACCGCAGCUAUUAUCGUUCUAUUGGGUAGCAAAGAGGUCACUGUGGUGUCGCUACGUAGUCGUUGAGGUGUGCACAGUCUUCUCGAUUGCCUAGUGGUGUUUUUUUUUCCCUCUCCUUCUGUCUUUGCCACCUGCAUGAGAAUACCAGCUGUUUGUUUCGUCUUCUGUCGCCCCUAACUUCAUUGCAAUUGCCUUUUUUUUUUUUGCGAGGAUCAGCAAACGGACUUCGUUGUCGAUUGCAGGACUCGCCGCGCCGCCUUGUACCGCUUUACUGUCCUCUCUUCCGCGCCUUCGUUUUCUCCACCUUCAGCCGCCCUUUCUCACUUUCACUCCACGUAUCAUUUUUCACCACCUGAGGGACGCUGAGGAAAACACAGAUUUGCGCACCCGCCAAUGAUCGUCGAACCUUUUGUGGCGCUGUUGGUCGCGGCGGGCAACAGCUCUGCGGCCCGUUAUCUUCCCGCCAUGAUGCGCGUGCUGGUGCCAUCCUUUGGGUGGUUUGCGAUAAAUCUGGCCAUUGCCCGUGGCCCCUUUGUCUGGUAUGGCUGCUCACUUGCCGUGCAAGGCGUCUUCGCCACUGUGUUCGUCACGACCAUCGGCUUCAAGAGCGACCUCAUCACACGCGCCUUCAUCUUCCCCUUUCUCGCCACGGCGAUGGCGGGGGGGGCGAAGGAUUUUAUUCCGCCCAUGAGUGGCUGGACGACGGCCAUCGUGACGCUGCUGCAGCUUUGGAGCGUGAUGGGUGGGCUGAUCAUGCUCGCUUGCUACCCGGGAAACAUCAUGCAAGUGAUAGAACAACAGAAAUUCCGCAACCGGCGCGUGAAGAUGGCGGCGCGCGACCUGGCAAAGAAGGACAAAAUCGUCGAGGUGCAGACGGUGCCGUCGUCAGACAAGAAGCUGAGCCUGCAGACCUUAGUGGUGAAACAGUCCUACGAGACGUCUCGGUGGGUCGUCUACUGCGGCGGCAACGCGGAAUUUCUGGAGAACACAAUUAUCGACAUCCACGUCAUCGCCGACGCGCUGAAGGCGCACGCGGUGCUCUUCAACCCGCGCGGCAUCGGCUACAGCUCUGGCUUCAUCACGAUGCUGGGGGAUGUGGUGGAGGACACCGCCUCCGUUGCCCAGUACUACGUAGAGAAGGAGAAGAUUGAUGAGAAGAACCUGGUGUUCUUUGGCCACAGUAUCGGAGGUGCGGCAGCUGCUGAAGUGGUGGCGCAGUGCCACCCACAGGCCUCCCUCGUCGUGGACCGCAGCUUCUCGGCCAUGUCAGAUGCCGCGGUUGCCUUCUCGUACCUGACGCCGAAGGUAACGAAAAAGCUGUUUCCCUUGUUUGCGGGGGACCUGCGCACGAUUGACGCGUGGAACAGCAUCAAGCACAACCGCAAGUUGAUCUUCUACUCUAAGCAGGAUGAGAUCAUAAAAUAUGACGUCAGCUCCAUUGCACGUCUGCCACAGUUUCAGAUGGACGGCGCGGACGCGGCGAAGACCGUCGAACUGCUGGGCACGCCACCAUCUUUCCACAACUGCUUGCUGAGCGCAUUUGACAAUUAUGAGGCAGUAUGUGCGCACAUGAACAAGCUGUUUGUGGAGAAGAAGGACUGA